AUGGCGACGCUUGUGCCAGUCGGAAUUAUUUUUACGAUCAUUUUGAUGAUUGCACCCGCUUACACUCUCAACUGCACUACUCAGAAGUUUAGUAGCAACAGGGUGUUUCAAAACUGCAGCGAUCUUCCAGUGCUCAGUUCCAUUCUGCAUUGGACCUAUAAUUCCUCCAAUUCUACGCUUUCCGUUGCAUUUACGGCACCGCCGGCAGCCGCGGACGGCUGGGUCUCCUGGGCUAUAAACCCAAACGGCGCCUACAUGGCCGGCGCUCAGUCGCUGAUCGCCUUCAGACAAGGCGGCUCCCUGGUGGUCAAGCCGUUUGUGCUGAACAACUACUCUUCCAUUGUGCAAACCAACCUCUCCUACCCCGUCUCCGGUACGAGCGCAGAAGUGGUGGACGGAAAGAUGACCUUGUUCGCGAUCUUCCAAUUACCGGAGAAGAUGACCAAAUUUUACCACAUAUGGCAGGUGGGGGCUGCGGUGGCGUCCGGCGUCCCGCGGAAGCAUGAAUUCGAACCAGCGAAUUUGAAUGCUAAAGGAACCUUGGAUUUGAUUGCGGGAUUGGGUGGAUCCGGCGGUGCUCCCGGCAAUGCUCCUAGCGGUUCUCCUAGCAGUCCUCCAAGUGGUACUCCCGGCAGUCCUUCUCCAAGCAUUGCACCGGGCGGUUCUCACGGCGGCGAUUCAGGAAUCAAAAAGAGCAACAUGAGUUUCUAUUUGUUCCUGGUCCUUGGAAGCUUCAUUGUUCUCUGCUUUUAG